AUGUAUGGCAACGAAUCUACUGCCGCUCCGGCGGCGAGGCAGCAGUUCGAGAUGGACUCCGAGUCCGAGGAUAGAUUCUGCCGCUUCGUCAUGAAGAUGCCACCGAAAGCUGAAGGCAUGGUCCGACUAUUCGAUCGAGGCGACUACUUCUCUGCCCACGGCGCCGAUGCCCUCCUCGUGGCUCACCAAGUCUACAAAACCACCAAUGUCAUCAAGUACCUCGGCUCCGGCUCCGCUUCGACCCAAGCAGGCCCCUCAUCAGGGCGCGGUCUUCCCUCCGUCCUGAUCUCCAUGACGCUCACGAAAGCUUUCCUCCGGGAAUGCCUCACGACCAAGCAGAUGCGGGUGGAGAUUUACGAAGCGGAGGAAGGUGCUGCUGGACGCCGCAACAAUACUCGCUGGACUCUCGCUCGCUCCGCCAGCCCGGGCAACAUCAGUCAGCUGGAGGAUCUGCUGUUCAGCCAUACCGAUCUCGUCGCCAAUGCGGUCAGUAUGGCAAUCAAGCUGCAUAUGAAGGAGGGGAUAAGGACGGUCGGCGUGGCGUUUGUGGACGUGCAGGAGAAGCUGGUGGGCGUGGCGGAGUUUGUCGAGGAUGAGAACUUUGGCAAUACCGAGUCUAUGUUGAUUCAGCUCGGCGUCAAGGAGUGCAUCAUGCAGGGGGAUGACAAGCGGGCGGACCACGAGUUGACAAAGUUGCGGACGCUUGUCGAGCGGUGCGGCGUCAUUGUGACUGAGCGAAAGUCCGCCGACUUCAUCCCACGCAGUGUCGAGCAGGACCUGAACCGUCUCCUUGAUGAGCGCUACCGCGGUGUCACCCUUCCCGAAUUUGAACUCAAACUCGCCAUGGCCUCACUCGCCGCACUCAUCAUCUACCUCUCCCUACUCUCCGACCUCUCCCUCCACGGCAACUUCCGCCUCCACAAGCACGACCUCUCCCAAUUCAUGAAGCUCGACGCAUCGGCUCUGAAGGCGCUCAACCUGAUGCCGAACCCGCAGGAUGUCGGAGGAGGAAAGAACAUGAGUUUGUUCGGACUGCUGGACAAGUGCAAGACGAGUCAGGGGAAAAGACUGCUGCAGAGGUGGUUGAAGCAGCCUCUCGUCAACCUGCACGAGAUCACUACUCGCCAGCAAGUCGUCGAGGCAUUCUUCGACGACGCGGGAACUCGACGAACGAUGCAGGAUAGCCACCUCAAGGCCAUGCCCGACUUCCACCGGAUAUCCAAGAAGUUCCACCGCCGGGUCGCAUCGCUGGAGGAUGUCGUGCGAGUCUACCAGGCGAUAGCAGCCCUUUCGCGGAUGAUAACCAGCCUGGAGGCCAUCCGACCCCUCGACCCCGCCGCAACCAUUUUGAUAGAGGAGAAAUACCUCGUUCCCCUCCGAGAACACGCCGAGAAGCUGCAAACCUACACCGACAUGGUGGAAGAAACGGUCGACCUUGACGCCAUGUCUCGCCACGACUUUAUCCUCAAGCCCGAGCUGGAUACUGAAUUGCAACGUCUCCGGGACGAGCUCUUGGACGUCAAGGAUGGUCUGGAUGCUGAGCACGACCGGGUGGCGAGUGACCUGAAUGUGGAGAAGGACAAGAAGCUGCAUUUGGAGAAUCACCAGGUGUACAAGUAUUCAUUUCGGAUCACCAAGGCGGAGGCCGGCUCGAUCCGCGGCAAGAAAGGCUACUCGGAUCUGGCGACCCAGAAGAGCGGGACGAUCUUUACAACGUCCAAGCUGCGCGACCUGAGCGAGAACUAUACCCGCUUAUCAAAAGAGUACGACGAUAAGCAGAGACACCUAGUGAAGGAGGUGGUCAGUAUCGCUGCGAGCUAUACGCCGGUGUUGGAGGCGCUGGACGACUUGAUUGCGGCGGUCGACGUCACAGUCAGCUUCGCUCAUGUGGCGGCAUCUGCGCCGACAGCGUACGUCAAGCCAAAGUUGUCAGAAAAAGGGACUGGAGACGUGGUGGUCACCGGAGCGAGGCAUCCCUGCCUCGAGGUCCAGGAAGAUAUCGACUUCAUCUCGAACGACCAUGAGAUGCGAAAAGAUGCGAGCGAGUUCAUUAUCCUCACAGGACCAAACAUGGGCGGCAAGUCUACCUACAUUCGCCAGAUCGGCGUCAUUGCACUCAUGGCCCAAAUCGGCAGCUUUGUACCCGCGGACCAGGCUGAACUGCCCAUCUUUGACUGUAUCCUCGCUCGAGUUGGGGCUGGCGAUAGUCAAUUGAAGGGAGUCAGUACGUUCAUGGCGGAGAUGCUGGAGACUGCUACCAUCUUGAAGUCCGCAACGAAAGACUCGUUGAUCAUCAUCGACGAGCUUGGACGCGGGACUUCGACCUACGAUGGAUUCGGCCUAGCUUGGGCUAUCUCAGAACACAUCGCUACCAAAAUCCGCGCCUUCUGCCUCUUUGCAACCCACUUCCACGAACUCACCACCCUCGACCAGAAUCUCGGAUACGUCAAGAACCUGCACGUCGAGGCUUUGGUCCAGCAGCGGAAAGGUGAAGACGGAACGAUUAGCAAGCAGGAACGGGACAUCACACUACUGUACAAGGUCAAAGAUGGUAUCUGCGACCAAAGUUUCGGUAUCCACGUUGCGGAGCUUGCCAACUUCCCGGAGAGCGUGGUCAAGCUUGCCAAGCGGAAAGCGGAAGAGCUCGAGGACUUUGGUGACGGCACAUCGGACGACAUAUUUGCCAAGCAUAGCAAGACGGAGACCGACGAGGGGACCGCGCUCAUCAAAGAGUUCCUUCACGAGUGGAAGGCCGGCGUGGACGCCACAACAGACGAUGGGGACGCCAAAAUGGAACUGAGCGAAGAGGAGCAAGUCGAGCAGCUGAGAAGAGUGGCAGAAAAGUACAAGGAGCGGUUUGAAGCGAGCACCUGGAUCAGCGAUGUGCUUGCCGGUUUCUAA